AUGGCUUCCGGUUUCGGUCUCAAGGGCGGCCCCGGCCGUUGCUACCCCUUCUGGCAGGAGGUUCUUGGAUGUUACGCCGUGAACGCUGGCGAGGGCGAGACCGGCAAGAAGCAAUGCACCCCAGCUCUUGAAGAUUACUACGAGUGCCUCCACCACCGCAAAGAGGCUCUCCGCACGAUGAAGAUGCAAGCCGCCUACCGCAAGGCUGAGGCUGCUCAUCCCCGUGAGAACGAACCCAAGGCCGAGCAGAUCCGCAGCCUGGGAUUGCUUGGGAAGGAGGAGGAAGCUGCCGCGGUUUUGACCCAGCUGGGGCAACAAUGA